AUGCCCACAGGAGACUCCGCCAGCAAUCCUCCUCAAGCCUACAGCCUCGGGCCCAUCCCGAUCACGCCACGCACCGCCGACCCGCUCAUUUCCAGCUUCCCUCGCUCCCGCAGCCCGUCACCUGAACGUCGUCCUCGAAGCAACAAUGGCGACGGCACACUCAACACCAAGGGCUCCUCUACGACCGCAGCCAGCGUCAAGUCCAAAUCGUCCCAGUCUUCGUGGGCGCGAAAGGCACCUUCCUUCACUGAGGCGCGAGUUGCUACCACUACUAUCACGGCUGGAGGCAAGACAGUUGGUGGAGGCUACGACUCCCCGCCGCUAACUUCGGAUCUUUUCUCGCGUCAUUCGGCGUCGUCGCGGUCCGAGGAGGCGUGGCUGGUGCAGUCACGGCGUUUGCGCUGGGCGAGGCUGGCCCUGUCUGUCCUGAUCAUGGCUUGUGCCGUGGGUGCACUGGGAUGUUCAGGUGCGGCGUAUCAUGCCUAUCGCUCUACUCUGUUGGGCCCUGAGUGGCAUCUGCGUCUGUGGCCAGUCGAUCUGGAUCUCAGGCCUGCGCUGGUCGUCUUGGGUAGUGCGGCUGUCGUGGGUGUCGCUAGUGGGCUUUACUUAGUCCUGGCUCUGUGGCCUUCGCCACACCCUCACACAACCGCACUUGCCCGCAUCUUCACCCUCCUCCUCCUCCUCCUCGUCCUCCCGCUCUCCCUCGUCUCCACCAUGCUAGUCCCCAUCCUGCAGAAUCAGCUCCAGCACGAAAGCAUCCAGACAUUCACCUGCCGCCUCUACCGCUCGGCCCAGAAUUUUAACGAAGACAUGGCCGACAUGGGCAUUCCUGUUCCCCUGGGUGCUGGUGUGGGGUAUCCUGCUGGCUUCAAGGGUGUCUGCCGGGAGAGCGAGGCUGGAUACGGUCUCAUGGCAGCGGUAUUGGGACUAAGCUUGAUGGGAGUUGGGGUAGUAGCGUGGGGAUUUGUGGCGGCAGGAAGAGUGAAGAAGGAGAGGAAGGGGCGAAUGGAGGGGAAGGGGCUCGCAGUCUGGUGA